AAUCUUUGAAAAUCAACAUAAAAUCAACUGUGAGAGAUCUGAUUUUGCUUUGUGCAGGAAUUGAUACAAUACUCCAGGGUUUUCAUUUUUUCAUAUUACGUGCAAAAUCACGUGAUCCUUCCUUCUGGUCCAAACCGGAAGUGCCUUGUAAUUUGAAAUUUGAAAAAGAUGUUAACUUGCUUGAAACGAUGUUAGUCUCUGGCUAGGUUGUACUUUAGACAACUUAAUGGUUACGUCAUAAAAUGUUAAGCGCCCUCUAGCGGCAGGUUGAAGAAAUUUUGAAAAUGAUUUUCAGUAGAAAGUGGUAAAUUUUAUGACAUAUGAAAUAGAUGCCAGCCCGACCACUCUGCGUUUGUAACUCAACAAACGUGAAUCUCUAGUUGAAGAGUGUACAUUUGACUAUAUACCAAGUCAAGAAAUAAGACUCAUUUUAACUCCAUGAGCAUGUUUUGAAUGAUUUGGCAGAGCUUAAGGGAGAUUGAGGAAGAACGAAGAGCAAAGACAGAAGCCUUAGCGAAGUGGAGAGAGUUGCUGCAGAAAGCUGAGACACCAAGCAUUGGUGGAACAUCAGAUCCGGAUGAACUUGAAGAUGAACACCAACAGAAGCUGGAUUUGACUAAGCAUCUGGUUGAGCUACAGUCCAACAUACAUCUG